AUGAAAUUGAGCUCGACCCUUUACUUUGUUGUCGGUACUCUCUUGCCAAUCUUCAGUCCGGUUCAAGCCAAAGUUUCCAAUCACUCCCUACAGCAAUGGCUUUACACCAGUGACAUAGACGAGGAAGCCCUUGCACUCUUAGAUCGUCCCGAAAUCCACGGUGUUCAGAGCCUAUACACCUGGAAAUCCCUAGAGCCUCAGAGAGGCCAAUACGAAUUUUCUGCAAUCGCAAACGACCUCAACUCCACACGGGCCAAGGGCAAAAAUCUCUGGGUCCAAAUUCAAGACCGCUCAUUCAGCGUCGAGAGCAAUCCUGUCCCAAAUUAUCUACACAAACCUAUCUACAAUAAUGGCAGUGUUCCUCAAUGUGACGGAGACGACUGUGGCGGCGACUUCGUUGUGAGCGGUUGGGCUGCUGCCCAGUGGAAUCCUUAUGUCCGUGAUCGUUUCCAAUGCCUGCUUAAAGCUCUCGCCACCAGCUUUGAUGGCGCGGUCUUCGGUUUCAACCUUCCCGAAACUUCUAUUGAAGUCCAAUCAAACAGCACUGAUUCUGGUUAUACCUGCAAAGGUUAUUACGAGGGAACUCUCGACAAUGCUCAAUACGCUGCCAGCGUUUUCAAAAAGUCCUACGCCGUCCAAUAUGUCAACUUCUGGCCCUGUGGAUGGGCUAAUGCAAGGCAUUAUAUAUCCGACUCGUUUCACUUUUUUGCUGAACAUGGCGUUGGAAUUGGAGGGCCAGAUAACAUUCCCUACAAGCAGACUAUGGAGAACAACGCAUACCCGUACAUGUCAAAGUAUCGGAACGAGGUCCCAAUUAACGUGGUUGCUGUUCAAGAGCCCGACUUGGCGGCGAUAAACCCAAAUACCAGCAAACCGUUCACCAAAGAGGAAUUUGUUUCAUUCGCGGAGAAGGAACUGGGUAGUCAGAUAUUGUUUUGGGCCUUGUCAGCGGCAUGGCUCCACCAGUAA